GUGUGUGUUACGGCGAUGGCGGAGAAGUUCGACUCUCUGGAGGAACAUCUUGAGAAGUUCGUGGAAAACAUCCGCCAGCUCGGCAUUAUCGUUAGCGACUUCCAGCCCAGCAGCCAGACUGGUCUCAAUCAGAAAUUGAAUUGCAUGGUGACAGGCUUACAGGAUAUCGACAAAUGCCGGCAGCAGCUUCACGAUAUCAGCGUGCCUCUGGAGGUUUUCGAAUACAUAGACCAAGGCCGCAACCCUCAGCUUUAUACUAAAGAGUGUCUGGAGCGAGCUCUGGCUAAAAAUGAGCAAGUAAAGGGAAAAAUUGACACAAUGAAGAAAUUUAAAAGUCUGUUAAUUCAAGAACUGACAAAGGUGUUCCCAGAAGAUAUGGCAAAGUACAAAGCUAUUCGAGGAGAAGAUCCUCCUCCUUAAGAUGGCCUUUGAUAGCUCUAAAAUGUCAAUUCCAUGGACUGUCACCGCUCUAUAAAAACCUUGACUAGUGAGAGGGGGAAUCCAGUCCAUUGUAAUAACUACUAAAAAUUGCAGCCACAGACUGUAAAGGAGCUCAAUGAUUGCUGAUGGUUCUGGGCUGAAGCUACUGAAUCUUUUGGAAGACUUUUACUCAAAGACUGCAGUUGACCCUGUGGUAACCUAGCCUUCUUCCCUGAAAGGUUUUGGAGAUGUAAUUGCAUACAGGUCAUCAAUACAUAGCAUUUGCCACAAAACAUAUUUCCAGAGCAGAAAAUCGUGGAUUUUUUUUUUUUUUUCCUCCUGAAAAGUGUGCUCCAGGAUUGUGGGCUUAUCUAUUUUUAAGAUAAAUUUAUUUAUUAUACUUGGUUAUUUUUCAGUCAUGAGCUGCUUUUUUCUUAUUACAGUACAAAGAGUUGACUGCUCUCGUCUGGCCAAAUUGUACUGAACCAGAGCCCAUUAAGGGCUGCAUUCUCAUGUGUUGUGAUGAAUUGCAGCCAAGGAAACCUCUAGAUACUCUUGUUUUGCUCAAUGAGCUGCAGUGCAGAUGUCUGCCUAUGUGGAAAGUGAGCAUAUUUGGAGACUAGUUCCUCAACAAUGUUAAUAUUUUGUAUAGUAUUUAAUGUAAGCUUUUGUCUCUCCAUUUUUCUGUAAGCAAAUUGUCAAGUUAAAGUUUGAACAAAAUCUGCAGGUUUUGUCAGCUUUCUAUUGUAUGCUCCUCUCUGGAGAAUUAACUGAAAGCUGUGGAAAGAUAGCAUAUUCUUUGGUCUUUCAUUGAUAGAAUUAAAACAUAUAUCAAAACUUGUUAAAAGUUUGUUUUUUAUCUGAAGAUGAUUUAAACUCAGUCUUUUGGUUUUAUGAGGGAAAAACUUCCUUUUAGUACUUGAAGCAGGAGCUUUUGUGCAUUGGUUACUCUGACUUUAAGCAUUAGUAAUUUGUCCUGUGUUGUAGCUGCUCAGAGGUGGGGCAGUCCAGACCCAUACAAUAUCAAUUGGCCCCCUUCCCCUGCCAAGGGGCAUCCUGAUGCUGCAGGGGGCCAGUUUGGCAGUGGGAGAGAGAGGGCCUCUUUGAAUUUUAGGUAUUCAUGAACACUGAACCUUCUGUACUUAGAUUUGUCCUUCCAGAUAGAAUCAUUUCAGCUCAAAAAGACCUUGAAGGUCAUUGAGUCUAGCCUCUGUCCUAGCCCUAUCAACCUCUAGACCAUUUUCUGAAGUACAACAUUGGUUGGUUUUUUGGUUUUUUUUUUUUUUUUGCAUCAGCAAAUGAAUUCCUUUUCAUAAUAAUUCUUUCUUUAGUUGAUAAACUUGGUGGUAUUGGGCAGGAGCUCCAAAAAAGUGCUCUGUCAGUGUACUCUUCAGCAGACUUGUCUAGUCCAUUAAAGGUCUUGACAGCGUUUUUAGGUGUGUUCAGGUUGUUGGUUUUUGUCACACCAAUUUAGGGAAAAAAAAGCUCUAGAAAUUAAAUGAAGACAAAAUGGGUAAGAUUCCUCUGUAGAGCAAGUCAGCAUUUUGCUGGGAUGUAAACUAACUUGUAGGGGAAGCACUGGAAUGGGUUGACCAGACAGGUGGUAGAAUUUCCAACCAGCAUUGGAUUUUUUUAAGAGUCGGUGGGAUUGGGUCUGAAGCAGCCUGAUCUAGUAUAGGAGUCAGCUCUGGAGCAGGAGCCAGGCUAUAUGAACUCUAGAGGCUUCUUCCAAUCAAUAUGAUUCAAAUUAUAGUUUGUAAGUACAAAAAGGAUAAAGGGUAGGUGCUAAAAUUACAGAAAGAGAAAUUUGAAUUAGAUAUUAAAACCAAUCUUACUGUGAGAUUGGCAAAGCAAUGAUAGAGGUGUCAUGUUAACGAAAUGGAGUUUCUGUCAGGAGGACUUUGCUCAUGACACAACUGGCAUAGCUGAUCUUAUCUUAAAGCAAGGGGAGAAACAAAAUGACUUCUUGAAGUCCAACUGCACACAACCAGGAUUCUGGUGAAGUAACUGCUGUACUGUAUAUACAAUAUUGUACUGAAAUUUCCUCAUGUAAGAACUUGGGAAUCUUUUUUUCGAAAUAUAAUUCUAUAUUUUAUAAUAAUUUUUGGUUUUAUAAGUGAAUAUACACACUUUGUGCGGUAGUAUUGCACAUUGAUUAGAAAAGUCUGGUCAUAUUGCAACUCCACUAGCUGUAACAGCUGCUUUCUUUACCCGGUGCUAGAGUAAUUUCAUACAGACUAAAGCUACAGCACAAGAGAGGUAUUGAAAAUUAAUUGUAUUAUAACAAUCUUGAUAAUCUUUUUUUUUUUUUUUUGCAAGAGCUAGAAAACUGCAGAAUAAUUCCCAGGCAAGUUACAGAUAACUUGUCCAGUUAUCAGUAGAAUAAGAGGAGUUUGAAGACAGUCUUAAUAAUCCCAUACAUGGUUAAUUGGAUAUGUAUUUCCUUCAAAGAAAGUAUCCUCAAGACUCAUCAAUAAUUAUAUGCAAAUUACUGGAACUGAUUUAUCUUCUGGAUAUAGCUACAGACAGCAGUAUUUUGGGAAAAGUGAUUUGAAGGACAGGCUACUCUGACCCUUUUUUACAGUAGUUGUCUUUGCAACAGUUCUGGGCCAGGAUGGAAGAUUGAAGAACUGACAGUAUUCUUCCAGUCUCAAUUGACCCUGUACAGUAGAAUAAAAAUCUUGUUUAAUUUUUCAGCUUUUGCAAUACCUGUAGAUCCCAGGGACCUGAGUGCAGGUAUUGAUUUACUGCCUAUUUAUUUAGCUGCACUUACCACCAAAUUGCUUGCUAAUUUCAAAGGAUCAAUGCGUCAAAGGAAGAGACUGCCCCAUUGCUGCAGAGAAUAUACACAUUGAUUGGAUUUUUUUUAUAUAGUUGCAGCUCUCACACAACACCAAUGUUUAGGUUCCUUCUAACUAAGAUAAAAAAUUACAAAACCAGAAUGUCUACAACCAUUAAGGUAAAAGGAUGAGAAGAUAAAGAAGCUUUAAAAAAUGCUUACAUAUAGGGCGAAAGAGAUCAUCUUACGAGCCUUACUACAUUCCAGCAAAAAUCUUAAUAUUGGAAACCAUAAAGUGUCACUCAGGCAUUCUUAGGCUAAAUUAUAAAACUUGAGCUAGAUUAAAACAUUUAACUAAAAAUCUGGCAGAGCUGAGAAGUAGGUGUUAGACACAGUCAUUUUGAUGUAACUUGAAAACUAACCCUUACAAACUCCAAAUUUACGAGCAAGCUAUAUCGGUUAUGUAUCUGAUAGGAGCUACCAAAGCAACGAUUCAUCAGCUGAAACCGUAAGAGAAUAAGUCUCAUUAAUAGCAUGCAGGGAAUAGCAUGUGAGGGACAGAAGUCCAUCCAGAUGUCCUCAGCAUUCUGAGUAAACACUGUCAACUGCAAAUUAUUCUACUCGCAGAUAUAAGGUAAAGAUGGUAUGUGGGGGUAUGCCAGGCUUCACAUUAUCUGAGGGGGCCCUGUAAAGCUCUUACAACCCCAUCUGAUCUUGCAACCCUGCAACCCACAUCCCUACUCUGUAUCAGGAAGAGGCUCCAGUGAGGUCUACACCUUGUACAGUUUUAAAAGUCUCCUUGUUGCUCAUUUGUGUGAAGCAGCACUUUCAAACUGCAUAAAGAAAUUACCAGCCCACUGUCAAGAAAACAGCAGGACUGAGGAUGGAGCAUCUCCAAAGAGCACUGUAAAUAACUAAUUUUCACAAUAUUCCUGUGGUAAGUGUGGUUCAAGUUGCAGAAUUAUAGGGUGAAACAGAAACAUAGGCCACAGGUGGAAGAAAUGUAGAAAUCAGACUGCAGCUGUCUCCAUACCCAUUCCUCAGGUAGACUAGAAAUACUUGUAUGUACAUAUACACACACACACACACAUGUACAACAGACAAUCAUAAAACGUGUCAGCCUUAAAUUGAAAGAGCCCUGAACUAUCAAGAGAACAAAAUAUUUUGAAGCAGCAUUAGGUUGCAGAGUUGCUCAAAUCCAUUUUAUUCAGACAAGUGUACCAAAAGAAUUCUGACAGCAGAAUUUCACUGAUGCAAAUCACUAGAGUGAAUAAUUUUAUAGUCUGGUUCAUGAAAACACCUUUUGUUUAUUUAGCAAGAUGAUCCAGGAACCAAUUUUCUAGAGUGUGGCUAUUGCUUACCGUAAAAAUUAGAGACUGUAUUUGAGAAAGGACAAAUACCGUAAAAACCUUUGUGUAUUUGCUCCACUUUCUGCUGAGUAGAUUUACCUGCAGCUUUCUAAACAUCAUCUCUCAUUUACAAGGUGACUCAGAACACAAAACCUUUUAAUUAGUCUGAAAAUCCAACCUGCUUUAUAUACAUGCCUGUCAGCCCUCUUGCCUUCUGCUGCCCUUCGUUGCUAUGGCAGCACUCUCCCAACAAAGGAGGAUGCAGAAGGACUUGCAGAAGUAGAAACUCUUAGCCAAGAUGCUCAGCACUUUUGCAUGCAGCUGGAUAAAUAUUCAUGAUGCAACUGUGUGCUCAAGAAGUGCUCUUUGAGUAAGAUCUAGGGCUAUUGUUCACCCUCAAAAAACACCCAGAGGAAACUUUUCCUUGUUUAAUAACAAACAACUCCCUGGGUAGACUGCAAAUGUUAAAUCAUCUCCCUUCCCCAAACAGCAGCUGGGACGUGCCAAGUGAGAUUACUGUGCAAAGGAAAACAAAAAUCAGGUGCUCCACCAGUGUAAAUCAAUCUGUUGAGAUCUGUAAUACCUCUCCAGCUUUUACUAAUUGGCAUUCAUCAUUUGGCCCGUUGUACUGAUGGUACAGUCAAUAUAAGAAUCAUUUCAACUGUUGAGAAGUUACUUAAUGGUAAUAAUAGAACAUUACAUAUGUGGUACAGAUUUACUAUAUGAUACAAAAUCACAAACGAACUUAGAUACUUACAUCUGAAAGUAUAUUAAGCUGUUGAUCUUUUUUAAAAUAAUUUCCCCCCUUAUCCUAUGUGGCUCUCUCUAUGGCAUCUUUCUUCAUGUCACUAAAUUACCUUUUUAACUUUAGGUGGUAGAAUAACCUUCAAAAUCUCUGACAACACUAUUUCCUCUGACAACACUAUUUCAUCUAUUGCAGUGCUACAAACUGGGAAUUGUAAGUUUUUUUUAAUAUGGCAUCAUUUAAGAAAAAAAAAGUAUUCUGGGAUGGUUUCAGCAGCUUUUUAAAAAAUAGUAAACAUCUAUGCUGACCAGGACUUAUUUUAAUUUGUAAAUCUCAUAAGCAUCAAACAAGAUGCCAUGGCUUCAGCAGACUGCUGAUUACUAUAUUAAGUCUUUCUGUCAUACACUGACAGAGAUGCAGAUACAAAAAAAGAGGACUGGAGUGGUAGAGAUCAGCUUCAGGUUUGGUAACACAAAAACAUCAAAGAAAAGGGAACAACUGAGGAAAGAAGGCUGUUUCCAUCUGGGUAUCCAAGUUUGGAUUAAGGAUUUUAUAGAUUUUUUAACCACUGUAUGAAAGUGUUUGUGACAGGCUACUGUAAAGCAAAAAAAGUGAGAAGUACAAUGCCACUACAUAUUAAAAUUUAUUUCCUCUUAAUAGUACAGAGGAAACUUUAAUUCAGUCUUUAAAUGUCAAAAUUUACUUAAUUGUAGAAUGAAUAACUAUUGUAUAGUUGCUUAGCAACUCUGACAAUACUAACAUCCUUGGUCAGGUACUAUAAAGUUCAUUUUCUGAAUUUCUGAUAGUAUCUUUCCAUGUGUUUAAAGCUCUGUAAUAGCUUCCCAGCCUGUUAUGCUUUAAAUCCUCUUCCAUUUCUCUGCACAAGUGAUAUCCUUGAUUUAGGGGAAGUGAUUCCAGAAGAACUGAAGUUGGUAAUGUAUUUUUUAUAUCUCUAUGUCCCUAUGGUCUCUUGGAACCAUUUAUGGGGAAACACAGAUGAAUUCUGUUUUCAUCAAGUAAUUUGGUUUUCAUUGACAUUUUUACUUUGUCAUUUUCCUGAACCACACAUUGCUGAUGUGAACACGAUAGGGAAAAGGAACUUCAUAUGAUACAGGAGCAAACUUCCCUUUCAUGCUGUGUUCCAGAGAGAUGUGAAGUCAUCACUUGGAGUGAGCCUAGGGGAGGACCAUCAAGAUGGUCAUGUGGCUGCAGAUGGUCAGAAGGAGCUGGCUCAUCCUGGAGAAGAAAAGUGUUAGAAGGAAUAUCUGCUGUCUCAAAGCAACUACACUUGAGUUAGAGAACUUUGUACCAGGUUCUGGUUGGAUGUGUGCAGUAGAGUGACAAGAAGAAACUUCUCCAGCAACAAGAUGCAAUAAGAAAAAUGCCAGUGAUGUGUAAGGAUGCGAUUCUUCCAUGGGAACUCUUCUGGAAGGAAGAUAUCUACACUUGACAUCUCUGAUCUGGAUCCAAAACUGAGACAAGUAUAUCUGCUGUUCCUGUUUGAAUUAGUGCUUCCAGAAGGCUUAAUAGGAAUACUUUACUUUUGGUGGCUGGACCUAACAUAGCUCUCUAAAACCAUAGACCCCCUUCUUCCCUACGUGUACUCUGUUUCCUAAAGAUAAGACUGCAGAAAGCCCUGCGCCUUGAGAGCCUCACCAGCUCAUAACAAAUGUUGAGGAAAGGCAUGUGCCUUAAGGCUCUCUGAGCCUGUCAUGACUUCAUCCAGGUUGUAGAAAAAAAUCUAACCUGCAGUCAAGAUCAAUAAUUUUGAAUCACCUCUGGCUAGUUUUGUGUUAGGAAAUACAAAACUACUUCUGGACACACAGGACCUUCUCUGGAUUUCAUUUUCUUGAGAAAAAUCUGAACACCCCGUCAAACCAAUGAUAUCAGGUUAUCAGUUGAUAAACUGGUAAACUGAACAUUCGUCAGUGGAGAAAGACACCGAGUUUGGCCAGUGUUGUGGUUGAGGGACUGCUGUAAUAAAGGAUACUCAAGGAUUUUUAACAGAUAUAAAGAGAUGACGGCAUGAACAGAAUUGGAUUUAUGGGAAAGCACCAUAAGAAUCUCUAGAUAACAGUUUGGAAGAAGGGAAGGCAUCAGUAGCCAAUGACACAUGUCAGCAAAAAAAGAUUGGUAGCAGCUAAGGAAAGUGCUGCUUGCACCAAGACAACAGUACAGCUGACUCAUCAGCAAAAGACUUGCAGUCUGACAUCAGGAGCAUGGCAGCAUGGUUAUAGCAUGUGGGUUAUGCCUUUCUGCAUCCGGAUAUUCCAACAAGAAGACAGACUUCAGCCACUUCUUACCUUCCCCUUCUGUAGUACCACAUGAACAAAAAAAAAUGCUGCAGAGUUUA